AUGGACUUGGCAGCCUCCCUGGCCGAUCUCCAAGCAGAGGCCAGCUGCCCCAUCUGCCUGGAGUACCUGACAGAGCCAGUGACCAUUGACUGUGGCCACAACUUCUGUCACCGCUGCAUCCACCAGUGCUGGGAAGGUCUAGAGGACAUCUUCCCCUGUCCCAUCUGCCUCCAUCACUGCUCUAAUGGGAACCUAAAGAAGAACACCCAGUUAUGUCACAUGACUGAUAUUGUUAAGCAACUUCCCUUCAAGAGGAGCAAGAGGAAACGGCAAGAAGAAGAAGCCCUGUGUGAGAAGCACAGCCAGGUGCUGGUCCUGUUCUGUGAACAGGACCUGGAGCUGCUGUGUCCCCAGUGCAGGAUCUCCUCCAACCACCAGGAUCACUACCUGAUGCCCAUCGAGCAAGCUGGAACUAGUCACAGGAAGAGGCUCAAAAGGUACAUUGAGAACCUGAGGGAGCAGUUUGAGAACGCUGAAAAUGGGCUAGAAAUGCAAGGCUCAAAAUCAUUUGAACUGAGGCAGAAGGUGAAAGAUUUGAGAAGAGAAUUAAACUGUGAAUUUAAUCAACUCAAGGAUUUACUGGACCAGAAACAGGACGUCAUUGUUUUGGAAUUAAUGACAGAACAGAAGAAUGUUGAAGAAAAACUAAUUGAGAACUAUAGCCAAAUUUCUGACCACUUCUCCAUGCUAAAAAAUCUGCUUAGUGAAGUUGCAGAAAAAUGUGUGCAGGCAGACCUGGAUCUACUUAUAGGUAUUGAAAGUAUCUACAAAAGGUAUAAAAACCUAAAAACUCCGAGAGUAUUUUCAUAUGAAUUAAAGAAGGAGAGUUGCUAUCUCUCUCCACUAUAUUUUGGCCUGCAAAAAAUGAUCAGCACGUUUAAGGAAGAUUUGACACUAGAUCCUGAAACUGCUCACCCUAAACUUAUUAUUUCAGAAGACAGAAAAAGUGUGAAAUACGGACAGAUGAAAUCAGACUUUCCUUACAAUCCCAAGAGGUUUACUUUUAUCCCAGCUGUCCUGGGUUCUGAAGGCUUUGAUGUUGGUAGGCAUUACUGGCAGGUAGAAGUAAGAGGCAUAGGUGAAUGGUGCUUAGGUGUAUGUAAAGAAUCUUUUGCUAGAAAUGUGAUUAUGUCACCAUCCGAAAAAGAUGGCUGCUGGCAAAUUCAUCAGGCAACUCUUAUUCACGAGACUUGGGAUACAGAACAAGUCACCCGGAUUGGAGUUUUUCUGGAUUAUGAUUUGGGAGAGGUUUCAUUUUAUAACUGGAAUAAUAGAUCUUAUCUUUAUACCUUUACUGAUGCCUUCACAGAAAAGCUUAGGCCUUAUUUCUCUCUUGGAUCUACUUCAAAUUUUCUUACAAUCUAUGUAAGCACGGAUGAAUGGUGAGCUCCUUGAAAGCCUGAUUUGUAUCUUGUUAGCUUUUCUCUCUGUAAUUAUGUAAUGUCUUUAAGAUGCUGUAUAAUAUAAUCCCUGUUUAAUUUUUACAU